AUGUCUGCAUUCUCUCUUACCUUUUCGUCUCGCGUGCAGCGUCUCGUCCGGUUCCUGGCCAAGGACGGUCAUGUCUACUAUGGAGAUGCAAUUCUUCCCACAGGCAUUAGCGAUAUCGCUAGAGCCACUAGAGCCCAUGUAAUCCAAGGAGAUAUAUUUGGCCAGCAUCGUGUCACGGACCAAGUGGCUGAGAUCAAGACUCUGCUCGCUCCCUUGGCAAGAAAAGACAUCGGCACUGUCCGCUGUCUCGGCCUCAACUAUGAACAACAUGCCAAAGAAUCCAGUCUCCCGAUCCCCAAGUAUCCGGUCCUUUUCUACAAGCCCGUCACGGCCAUCACUGGUCCAACUGAUGAGAUCCCUGUCUCGCUUAUGGCCCAGGAAGGCGAGGGUCUGGACUAUGAAUGUGAAUUGGUCAUUGUGAUGGGCAAGGAAGCCAAAAACGUCCCGGAGGGACAGGCCCUCGACUACGUGCUUGGCUAUGCUGUCGGAAAUGAUGUCUCCCACCGCGAUUGGCAAAUCAAGAGGGGUGGAGGUCAAUGGGGGCUAGGCAAGGGCUUCGAUGGAUGGGCUCCCCUGGGCCCGGGCAUCGUGUCCUCGAGACUGAUCCGUGACCCUAACGCCCUACACAUAUCCACCAAGCUCAAUGGCCAGACCGUGCAAUCAUCCUCGACCAAGGACAUGAUCUUCAACGUUGCUAAGACGGUCUCCUUCCUAUCCCAGGGUACCACCUUGUUGCCUGGUGAUUUGAUCUUUACCGGAACACCCCAAGGAGUGGGAAUGGGCCGGAAGCCUGCACUGUGGCUGAAGGAUGGUGAUCAGGUCGAGGUAUCGCUGGAAGGCGUAGGCUCAUGUGUGAACAAGAUCGUCUUCGAAAAGCCGUCCUCGAAGCUCUAG